UCUCCCUCACAGCACUGCAGGCCGCCUCACCCAUGUCUCCCUGCGUGACCUCUCACCUCUGCUUACUGGUGCUGCCAGUGAUGUCAGUGCUGCUCUUCCUCUCUCCUAUUGGCUGGAGCUACGACGGCCCCGUCCCUGGCUGCCAUCUUUAUCCCUUCAACGUGACGAUCCGCAGCGACCGGCGCGGUACGUGCCGCGGGACCCACCUGGUGCACGCCUGCGUGGGCUACUGCGAGUCCAGCGCCUUCCCCUCCCGCUACUCGGUGCUGGCGGCGUCCAACUUCACCCACAACAUCACCUCCACCUCGCGCUGCUGCACCAUCAGCAAGGAGGCCAAGGUCAAAGUUCACCUGGAUUGCCCGCGAGGUCGUCGCCAUGACGACAUCGAAAUCCUGACGGCGACCGAGUGUCGCUGUGACAUGUGCCGCAAGUCUCGUUACUGAGGGGCCAGCUGACCAAUCAGAGCCCUCCCGUGGUAACCCCGCCCUCUCACUAAGAGAGACCAGGCUAUUGGAUAACAGGGGACGUGUCUGUUGCUGUUGUAAAGUUAUUUAAAUGGAAAGAAGGGGAAGGUAGAAACAGAGAGACAGGUACUUUGUGUGUCUGUGUGAACGUAUGAAUGUAUGUAUGAAUGCAUGAGACCGUUAAAACAAACUUGAUUAGCACAAGAUCUGCGUUGCUUCGUUAUCUGUAACAUCAACCUGCUCACAGGCGCUCCGUUCGUGUGUCGUCCAUUUCUGAUGUCCCAUAAAUUUAACUUUAAAGAUUCCACUUUAAGGGCCCAAAUGUUACGUAUCAACACCGUGGUUGACACUGACCGUUAAUGUUUACAACGUUGCUGUUCCAUCGUCGUCCAUCGAUGGCAGUGAGCAAAAGGCUUGGAAAGAAGAACCGUUUGUUAUAUCUCCACAUUGUGCAACAGAAAUGUAAUAAGGUACACACGCUUUGCAGUAUUGUCCACGUCACACGACAUUAAUAAGCAAUUUGAUCAAAUUCACACAAUAUUUGCGUUGCUGUUUCAUUCUUUCCAAUGACCACUAAACACAAGUCACAACCGUAAGGAAUGUAGAAACUUUAUUAUUUAUAUUUAUGAAUUUGAGCUUGGGACAUUUUGUAAAUACUGAUCUCUGGGUGUUGCCAGAUGUUGAUAAUAAUAAUGAUAAUUGAUCCGUUUUUUAUAGCGCUUGAUGCACUGUAUAAAGUUGUGUUUCAAUAAAGCGUUAUUCUGAAUCUUAAGUUGUGUUUUUGGUUUGUUUGAGACUUUG